AUGGCGGACGACGAGUACGAUGACGACGACCACGCCACUUGCACAGAAUUUGAAGAGGACGAGGAGGAGGAGGGGCCGGCGCCACCUUCACCGCAGCGGACGCCCACAGCGGCGGCGGCCACCGUCAAGCCGGAAUCGACGAGGGCUCCGCUGAGCCCGCACGAGCACCACCAGGUGGUGGGGCAGGUGGACGCAAUCCCGAGGAAGCCGCACUUUAUUGCACCGCAGACGCAGGCCGAGCGCUCGCUCCACAGCCUACGGGUCGCACGGCGGGAGGCGCUGCGCAAGGCGGUAGAGCUGCAGCAAGAGUCGUUCACUCUGUAUGAGUCAGCACCCCAGACGCCGUACGAGCUCAUGCGCCGCGAGAUCAAGCUGCGCACAAAGUCGAGCCAGACCCGCGACGACGACUCUGGGGCGGCAACUCAGACGGAGGAGAUCGAACGGGAUGACCAGGCCUGCCACGCGCCGGACGAUCUCGCCACUACUGCGAGACGCGCCCUCCAAGACCAGUCCGACUCGGCUCGCACUGCCGCGACCCUCUCCGCCAACACGGCGCGCCUCAAUCGCUUUCUCGGCGCGGCGAGCGCGGUCGUCGAGGCGCUCUGCGUCGAGAAUGCGCUCGCCGGCGCACUUGGGGAUGGCGGGCUCUGUCCGCACUCGGAGCUCCCGAUGGCGUCCCGGUCGGCGGAGCUCGUCCCGCCGUCACCGUUCGAUGGGAGGCCUCCCGUGGACAUUUCCUUUGCGCCCGGUGCUGGCGGCGUGCUAGUCGCUUACGGGCCGCACCCCGGCGACAAGCCGCGCGGCAAGCGGCGCGAAGAAGUGGCGCUCAGGCGCGCGGCCGCGGGUGGGAUUCUGUGCGUUUGGAGCGUCCACCAGCCGGCCGAGCCGCGAGAGGUGCUCCGUUGCGCCGGGCUGCCAACCUGCUGCGCCAUCGCGUCGGCGCCGUGCCGGGUCGCGCUUGCUGGCACCGCCGAGGGGGCGGUGCAGCUGUGGGAUUUGCGCGACUCGGAAGCGCGGUACGAGCGCGCGACACUCGGCGGAGCAAUGCGAGCGCUCCGGUCGGCCGCCUUUAGCUCUCACGGCUGCGCGCUCAACGAGGGCCACGAGGCGCCCGUGGUCGCGCUCGCACUCGCUCCGCCAACUGCGGCUGCGGAGGCGGAAGAUCUAGUUGCGACGAGCUUGGACAGUGCUGGUCGGCUGCUGGUGUGGCAGCUGCUCGAGGGGAGCCUCACGCAGUUGGGCGAGCGCCUGUCGGAGGAGGGCCUACCACGGGAGGGCGACGGCCUCAACCUCGACGCGUUCGCCUACGGGCAGACUGUCGGCGCGAGGCUGCGGUUGGUGCGUACGUCUGCGGUGCAUGUUUGCGCGCCCCCCGCUCGAGCGGUGGCGGCGGUGCUCCCUGCGACGGCGCUCUGCCUCGCGCUCCUUCCCCUGGACCCGUCGCGUUGCCUCGUCGGCCUCGACAACGGCCGGCUGGUGCAAGUCUCGCGGUACGCCAACGCGCGGCCGAGCCCUGCCGAGUUUGCUCCGCCGCCUGACUCGAGCCGCGCGAGGGCCGUCACGUGCCUCGCUUUCUCGCCCUCUCUGUGCUCGGCCUUUCUCGCCGGCCGUGCCGACGGCUCCGUCAGCCUGUAUACGCUCAGCGCGUCGCUGCCUCUCCUCGUCCUCGAGCCGCCCGCCCUCGCUCCCGCCGUGCAGCUCCUCUGCUGCGUCUUCCUCCUCCUCGACGGCGACGCGACGCUGCACUUUUACGACCUGCUCGAGCGGAGAUGGGCGCCGACUGCGUCGGCCCCGCUCUACUCGCACGCGAAGAGCGGCUUUGGCACGGCCGGUUGCGACGCACAGGUCCGGCUCGCCUUGGGCGCGAGGGUCGAGGCUCGGCGGUCGGGCGGGGCGUGCUGCUACCUCGGCGUCGUCGGUGGUGGCGGGGCUGCAGCUGUUCACCUCCUGGAGGAGGCGCAGGCCGUGCCGCGCCCAAACGAGGCGUACAGGCUGCACGAGGUGGUGGACGGGUUGUGA